AUGUCCGCCGAUGAAUCACAUUUUCAAGCUUGGAAAAAUUCACAUGAAAUUCUUUGUCUAAGCGAGUCACAUCGAUGGAACUCGCAUGCAACAUGUUGGCAAUGGGAAUCAGGAAAACUUCCACAUCAAGUCGAUUUUAAUGCACUUGCUUCUGAUAUUUCAUUCAGAAAAGAUAUCAAGAACAACGAAACCUCAAAAACAACUACGGAUGGAGCGAGUAAUGCUACUGAUGAUAUUAAUUUUAAUCCAUUAUCAUUUACUCCAGUUCCAGUCGCAACGUUGACUUUUGCUGGAUUGAACAUUUUGAACGCAGCUAGAAAAAGCAAAUAUUUAUUCAGUGCAGCAUCUUUGACAGCGCUACCGGCCAUGUUACUGACCGAUGUAGCUCUUUCUCUUGCAAUGGCCUAUUAUGAAUUUCAAAAAGCGAACGAAAAUGCAAAGGAAUAUGCGAUUGAGCUGAGCAAGGAGCUUCAUUUGUUGAAAACUCAAUACGGAAAAGUGAGAGUUGUGGCUCACUCACUUGGAUGUAAACAUUUGAUAGAGGCUUUGAAGUUAAUGCCAUUAGAAUACAGACCUGAUGAAGUACAUUUAUGUGCACCUGCAAUUUCUGAAGAAGAUGCCCAAGACAUUCUUGUGCAAGGUGUGGCUACAAAGAACACAUUUCACUACUAUUCUCCAAAUGAUUAUUUACUGAGCUACAUUUUUCCUAUCGUGUCUACAACUGGGCACCAAGCAUUAGGUGUGCAUUCCAUGAAGUCGUUACAUCUUUAUGCAAAUACUCACUCAUUGCAAGUAUGUGAACAUUUUGAUGGUAUUUGGGUUCAUAAUAUGUAUGGUCAGAACUUUUAUAAGUUUGCAAUUGCUUCACAGUUGUAA